AAUAGACUUAUGUACUGUGGACAAAACGGUUUUAAUGAUGUGGUAUCUCAUCGAAUCGGGUCAACUUCCUAGAACACAUGUUUUUUAUGAAGAAGUUAAGGCUUUUUGUAGUCGUGCCCUUUCGCCUCUGUUCUCACAGGAGAACAAUUUCUAUCAGGAGUUCCCAGCAUUAGCAUCUUGGUUACAAUCUAAUCAGUUUCUUCAUGGGAAAAGCGCCACUUGCUUUUUUAAUGGUAUUGGAGGUAACAAACAAGGUCACUUAGCAGACCAAAGUAUGACACCUAUACAAUGGAUAAAUAGUCAUAAUUUUGCUGGACUGUCAACGAGAAGUAUUACGUCCAUGAAUCCGAACCACCAUUUAACUAACACAUUUCGCACAAGCGACUUGCUUCAACUGUUUUCCAUGCUUAAGCACUCCCAGGCCAUCAGCCUUAAAAAAGAGGGAAUGACCGGUUAUCUUGUUGUAACUGCUACAGAUGCCAUGGCAAUAAAGCCUGGUCUUCAAAUGUCGUCUCAGGUCAAUGGACUUGUAGGUCUCAGUGAGCCAGCUAUCCUCUCACUAGAUGAAAUGAAACAGAUAAGUGAUGGCAAAUCGGAUGCAGAUAUAGCCAGUCAUCUAAGGAACUGCAAGUUUAAUAGCCAGGCACAAGAGGUUUUUGUUACGUCAUUAGAUGAUAUUGUGUCGCAGCCUGUGGCGGUUUAUUAUGGCACAUGUCAAGGUGGCUGGCAAACUGUUGAUGAGCUGCAUUCCAAACUUUGCAAAGUUAUCGAUGCAUGCGAGUCUUGCAUUAUCGGUAAUGAAGAAGAUGAUUGCAAUUUUAAGUGUCAAAGUUGCUGGGAAGAAAAAUCUGUGUGUGGCAACUGUUCAUCUUUGGGACUUUCAGAGUGGCAUCCGGCAACCAGACCUUGUUUGCACUGCUAUAACGCGAAUAAAGUUUGCGUGAGGCUUGUGCAGCUUGGCUGGACUUCAGACUGUGAGUCGAAACAAAAGGCUUUUAUGGAACGUUUAGCUUUGCGGUACCCUGAAACCUUCCAGCUACCAAUGCCAGAUCCUCCGCACAAUAUCAAAUCCGUCCGAUCCGCUGUUUUCUGGUAUUGGCUUUUUCUCAACAACCAUUUGAUAAACGUGCGGAUGCUACUUGUUAUCAGAAGGGAUAGUAAUCCUGUUAUAUCUAAGCCGAUGAAGAAAGCGGUAACCUUAAAGGCACUGAAAAAUAAAGAUCGGAUGUCUGUGGAAACUGCACUAGAGAUUUUCUCGCCUGAAGUCCAACGUGCAAUUCCAGCUGAAGAUAUUGUGAUAACAAUAGUCCCAGAAGUGUACACGUUUUGGAGGCAAAACAGACCUGGAACUGUUGUUGGUCCUCUUGAUGUGGUUGUUCAUCAGAAAACGGGUACAAUCUUCUUCACUGAUCGGAAUGCUAACCAAAUCAUGAUGUGUAAUCUGCACUGCCCAUCCAUGGUUACAUCUGUUGCUGGCGAAAGUCGACCUGGUUCACGGGAUGGGAAGAACAGUUUGUUCCACUAUCCUUCUGGUAUGUGCAUUUAUGAAAACCUUCUGUUUGUUUGUGACAGCUACAAUGCGUCGAUCAGAGUUGUUGACAUAUCGAGAUUGGUCUCUAGAAGAAGUGGAGAUGUUGUAUUAGACGAGCCCUUAGAUCAAGAAAGCGACACCCAGGAAGACGCUAUUCCUCUCACAAGGAAGUUUACGGUAACAAGUACCCUAAAAGUUGUAUGCACUUCCGCUACACAGUUACGUAAACCGUUCUCUAUAUGCACUGGGCGCAAGAUGGACCAUGAUUAUCCCGAAUUGUAUGUUGGUGACAUUGAACAAGGGACAGUCUUUAAGCUGACUGAUAUGGUGGCACGAAAUUCCUGCAAGGGACGGCUUCGUAAGCUUUUGACUCUGGAACACAAAAUAUUACCCAUGGGUUUAUUGUAUUACAAAGAAGAACUGUUUAUUGCAAACGCUCAGGUUGACCAGCCUAGCAUUCUAGUACUUCAUGGUAGCAGAGGAAUAAUGCUGCGACGUAUUGUUUCCGACGCCCUUCUCACGUCUCCAUCAGGAAUUUGCCGUGUAGGUAAUGAACUGUUUGUUUCCUGCGCUAGCCACACCAUCGUUAAGCUGUCUUUGAGCGACAGAAGAAACGAAAUGACUCUAUACUGUGGACAAGGCAAUGCCUCUGGCAAUCAAGACGGCGUGGUCUCUUCUGCGAGGUUGCAUUCACCUCAUGGCCUUGUAAAUAUGGGGUCAUCGUUGAUUGUAUGUGACACUGGAAACAGUUCUGUGAGAGUUAUUUCCAACGGACAGCCUUUCAAGGAACUUUCAGCUGUUAUAUAUCCGUACGGUCAGCUUUUCAACCUUGAUCACUAUCGUGGAGUUCCUAGGAAGAAUUUUACAGAGUCAUUCCAAAUAGUCGACAAGCUUGUAGAGUUUCUGUUAACUUGGGGAAUGCAAACACAAGAAAGAACUGGUCGCGUUUCAACUCAGGGACCUGAUCAGAUUAUCACAUUAUUAUCCUCAAGUUCGCCUGACGGCAAUGGUUACCCUUAUGGUGGAAAACUUUUUCUCUCUGAUGAGAAAAGACGACCCUAUGCCUACCCAACUGGAAUAUGGGACAAGACGAGCUACCUGUGUGAGAGAGCUCCAGAAGCGCAUGUACAUGGUGACUUCCAUUAUUACACGGGUCCAAAGAGCUACUACCCUGACAAGGUUAUCAACUGCAGACGUCCACCUGUGAACGAUGAAUUGUUAAAUGAGAUGGAUCGCCAAAUGGAGCAGUUGACGAUAGAAGACAAACAGGAACUGCGCGAGUUUUCUUCGAGAUUUGGCGCGAGUGUAAGGCAACAUACUGUGCGAGAUAAGAGCAAGGAAGAAACAGGUUGUUUACCGUAUGCAGUAUCUUUAGAUCUACAGCGAAGAGAGCCUGGAUCCACGGUGUCUUUCCUUGGUGAGUCAGCAUCGAGCGAGGCAACGGACCAGCCACUGUCGAACGCACUGCAGCAAUAUGAAGUUCUAUUUGCGACUCGUGAUGUUGUGGCCGUGAAGCAUGCAAGACGGAGGGAACAGUUCGGUUUUUUUCUUGCCUUGGUUAUGAAAGAUCUUCUAGUGAAAAGUAAGUCAGCAAGAGAGUUGGAAUUUGCUGAAGAAACGGUGGAUUUUCUUUGGCUGGAUAACAGCAAUUCAGACAAUAGUCUUGUCUUCCAAGAAGCGUAUAGAGACAACAAGAACUCCCCAUACUCCAUUAUCGAUAAGGUUGACAUCGAUACCAGCACCAACGACUCUGGUGUUAAACUGUACGAGCUUCCACAGAGUGAAGUGGACCGCAUCGAACGGAAUUUGCAGGGAGGAUCAGAUAGUGACAUUGACAGUGACAAUGAUUCCACAUCUGAAGAAGAAGAUGAUAGACCUCCGCGCGAAUGUUACAGUACCAGGACUGGUAGAGCAGCAACGAGACUGAGGCUUAGCUAGUUUCAUUAGGUAAGCCCGUUUCAAUAAGUGGAUGAUAGUUAUAUUUUUGACCGAAAACUAUUAUCGACUAUCAUUAACUCUUGCAUGCGUUCAAACGAGCCAUGAUAAUGAUGUUACUAUUCUCCAUGUCAGUGAAUCGACAGUGGAUAUCCAGAUCCGCGCGCUCUGAUUGAUUCCUGAACCAGUAGAUAUCCGAUAUCCAACGCUAUUUACUGUUUCGCAUCGCACGCAAGUUUCGGUGUCAAUCUCAGACGUUUUUUCGGCAAUAUGUUAUCCAACUGAUCUGGGGAAUACUUAAUAUACUUAAACAAUUAUGCCCCUCAAGGUCGACGCGUGCUGACGUAAAUCACGACAUUUUGAACCCUGAGCGCGCUCUAUUGUUUUCUUCAAAAGUUAGAGUUAAUGAUAUUUGUCUUCCAAACAUGCAUACUGGUAAUAGUUUAUGAAAGUUGAAAAUAUACUCAACAUUCAUCGUUUGAAAGGGGCUUUAGACUCUACUUUAGACUCGAUCCACUCGAAUCCACUUAAAGGCUGUCUUUCCGAUACAGAUGCGUUAACACUUGAACAUUAUUAUGCUUUUACUAUGUUUUGUUGAUUAGACAUUCCUGUUCUCUCGACUUAUUCGGUAUCAAACAUAUUGAUUUGUAUGCAGUGAAUCAGAUGUAGUAAGUGUAUCGAAAGUUUAACAUGGUCGAGGUGGGUAAUUAAAUGUCGAUCAUCACUUGUUUUCAUUCUUAUGUUUGCUUAGACCAAUAAAGGUGACAAAACGAAACAAAAAACAUAAUUGAAUAAUCAUUGGGUUAAGAACUUAACU